GACCGGCGGCCGCUGUCCUCUCCGGUCCGCGGCGCGGCGCGUCGACAGGCGACGAGUGUCGCUCGACGCUCUGUGACCGACGGGCGACAGUGACACGUCCGUGACGCUGUCCGUGACGGUGUCCGUGACGGUAUUCGUGAGUCCCGUGACACGGCGGACUCGCGGUGCCCGUGUCGUGUAACGAGGUGUUUGUUGGGGCAUUGAGCCUCAUCUCGGCUGGACCGAGGACUGGAGGCACCAUGGGGCCUCCCGGGGUGCUGGGGGUGCUAGCACUUCUGCUGGUGCUGCAGCUCGCGGCAUGCCAAAAUCCAUUUAUUCCUGUAACUGAUACGUGCUCCAUUCAAAGAUGCGAAGAGCCUACAAAAUUCAAGUACACAGUGGGAGAGUCGUACCGGUACAAGUACUCGGCGAGUACUGCCAGCACGGUACUGGGCGUCACCAGGAAAAGUACCAACCUCACUCUGGAGUGUGACGUCAUCGUGCACGUCAUCACGCCCUGCGAACACGCCAUCACGAUUGAGAACGUGCAGCUGAACACAGUCGCCGAAGACCAGGGAUCGACAGUGGACAGGAACAUUGAGAGCGACAGCUUCUCAUCGCCGCUGGAGUCCUACCACUUGAGGUAUGGCUUCCACGACGGUGUUGUGGAUGCGAUAUGCCCGGAGAAUGGAGACCCAACCUGGUCCGUCAACGUCAAAAGGGGAAUCGUCUCGACGCUGCAGAACUCGAUGGACAGAAUCGACCUUGACUACAGCGAUGUCGAGCGUGACGUCACUGGUGACUGCCCGGUGUCGUACGCUGUGGAGGGAACCGACGGCGCGGCGCUGGUCAUCUCCAAGAAGCGUGACCUGAACGCGUGUGUGGGCCGGUUCGCGCACACCUCGCAUAUCCAGGGAGUCGGGUACAGCAUCAAAUCGCCGGUGCAGAACAUCCCCGUAGUGGCGAGUACCAGCACGUGCCGUCAGAAGGUGCUGACCAACCGCCUGACGAGCGUCAUCUGCGAGGAACGUCACCUGCUGAAACCGUUCUCCAACGACGAGUCGGGAGCCGUCACCAUCACCUCACAGAACCUGACCCUGGUGCCGGAAGACACUGCCAAUGCCGGGGUUUCUGAAUACGUGAUUAAGAACCGUGACACGCUGCUAUAUAACCACCUGCCAGCCAAGUCGGCCUCCCACACCCGGGAGAAGUCGCUGGCUGACGCCAAGGCGCUCGUCGAGGAGCUGUGUGAAAACGACUCUGAGGUGCGUGUGGAGUCGACCACCAAGUUUUCUCAGCUGAUUGACGACCUGCGGGGGAUGACGCACGCUGAGAUCAGGGCCCUGCACCAGCACAGCCCGAGCAUCUGCCGACACGGACAGCAGCUGAUCGAGGACGCGCUACCGGUGGUAUCCACGGCCGGAUCGCUGAACCUGAUGACCGACCUCAUUGUCGACGGCAAGGUCACCGACCGGGUCGCCAACACCUGGCUGCUGGCGCUCAACUUCAUACCCAGUGUCGACCAGGAGAUGCUUCGUAUCGCCUCCGGCCUUUUGGAGGUUCGGAACCCGGCCGUGGCGACCCGCGCGCGGCUGGCAGCGGGCGCAGUGCUCUACCAGUACUGCCGUCAGCACGAAAAGUGCGACAGAGACAGUGUGGCUCUGGAGACGAUGGAGCAGCUGGUUCGACCGCUCGGUGCCGACUGUCGGGCGAACAGUGAGGAGGAGGAAAGGAAGGUGCUGCUGACGCUGCGAGCGGCCGGUAAUGCCGGUCUCUCCCCGCCGUCCGUGGUCGACACGCUCAACGAGUGCUUCAUGAGCCGCGACAACCCGGCCAGGAUCAAGGUGGCUGCCAUCGAGGCGUUCAGACGGUUCAGCUGCACGGUGCGCCGCGAUUUCAUGCGGGCCGUGUUCAGAGACAUGGCUGAAGACAGCGAGGUGCGAAUCGCCGCCUAUCUGGGCCUGAUGCGGUGCCCGUCGCACCAGGAAGUGGGCCUGGUACGCGCCGCCCUCGAGCGGGAACAGGUCAACCAAGUGGGCUCGUUCGUGUGGACCCACCUGAUGAACCUGCAGGAGACGGCCUCCCCCUACCAGCUGGAGGUCCAGGGACUUCUCGCCGAUCUCCACCUGCAGAACAAGUUCAGCAUCGACACACGCAAGUACUCGAGGAACUUUGAGAUCUCCGGCUUCAACUCCGAGUACCACGUGGGCGCGUCGCUGGACUCGAACCUCGUCUACAGCUCCAAAAGCUACAUCCCACGCUCGCUCAACUCCAACCUGACGCUGCAGAUGUUUGGCGAGAGCGUGAACCUGCUGGAGGUCGGAGCCCGAGUCGAGGGCAUGGAGCGUCUCGUGGAGUCGGUGUUUGCGCCCGGCGGAGGGCUCCAUAACGCCGCGCCCGAGCCGCUCUUCCGGAGUCGCCGCGACGCCACCCAGCGGGAGAAACUGGAGAAGAUAAAGGCCGACUUUGACGCAGCAGGCAGGAUGGGCGACCCGCAGGCAUUCUUCCACAUGAAGGUGUUUGGACAUGAGGUGGACGGCGUGGAUCUGCGGAGCUCGGACGCUAACAGAGUGACCGGGUGGCUGACCGAAAACGGUCCGGGGGAGUGGAUCAAGUGGCUGGGAAGCACAGAGAGUCUGGACAUCAGUCGCUCGGUGAAGUUUCUGGAGGGCACCUACAUCGUGCCGACCGGAGUCGGUUUGCCUAUGAACCUCACCGUCUCUGCCGUGGCCGCUGUCAAUGUCCAGAUGUCCGGUAACGCCCAGCUGGAGAGGCUGUUCAGCAGCCAGGAGCUGGAUCUGGCCUUCCGACUGAGGCCCAGCGGCGCGGUGACGUGCGACAUGACGAUGAUGGUGGACGGAAUGGCCGUCCAGCUCGGAAUGGGCAUGAAGGCCACCGUCCACUCUUCCACCCUCGUGGACGCCAGCCUCAGAAUGGAGGGCUUCAGGCUCGUCAACGCCCAGGUCAACAUGCCCAAAGAGAGGAUGGACGUCUACAAUUUCGAGUCUUCGAUGGAGUUUAUUCAUCAGGACCAACAGACAACGCUGACAUCAGAGAUCACCAUGGAAGGGGACAAACACCAACAAGUCUCCUUCGUGUCCUGCUCAGGAAAUGAACGCGUCCUGGGCUGGAAGCUGUGCGCCCAGCUGCAUUACGUGAACGCCUCGGAUAACGAGAUGGCGCCUCAUUUUCCUCUCACCGGGCCCACCAAGAUCGCCCUCUCCGUGGAGAAGACCGACAAAACGAUGCAGGGCUACAAACUCGAAUGGGGCAUCACCGAUAACAAUUUCGAACACAACUUGAUCGUGACGCUCGACACUCCGGAGUCCACGAUAGAUCGGCGAGUCCAACUGAAACUGAAGAGGUCUAAAAAGCACGGCAGAAUCGGCUUCAUAUUCACCUAUCCCGGUGAAAAGCUCAGUGGAAACGGUGAAACCGCCUGGGAGAUGAACAGGAAGAAGCUAGCGCUGCAGGUGUCUCGCAGAGGGGUGCAGGUGCUCGACCUGACGGCACAGCUAGUGACCGACCAGACUGCCACCGGCGUCAUGUACCGACACACGUUCAUACUCAACCUCGUGCAGAACCCGUACGCCAAUCUACAGGGAUUUGUCAAGAUAUCUCAGGACGAGAGCGCAAUGCAGCGGGAGAUCGACCUUGGUCUCACGUUGCCGUCGAUUACGCUGGGGCUGGUCUCCAACGCCACAGAGUCUCCGGAGCUGUAUAAAUCGAAAAUCGCCAUCAAACAUACAUUGCGGGGCGGCCCUCAGCGCGAGCUCUCGCUACUGCUGGAGGCACGGGACGGUGAGGACGGCGACGGUGGAAGAGUCGGACACUGGAUGAUGGCCACAGAUGUCGACCUGACCGAACACAUCCGAUUCGCCUGGGCGGGACGCUGGGACAGCAAGAAAUUAUAUCAUCCGUGCGGUAUUAGGAAAAUGCAAUAUUGUGAGAACUCUCGAGCCAGCACGAUGAAUAAAAUCCAGACGGCUCUCAGGCCUGAACAGUUCGACACGAGUCCCACCUUUUCGGUCGGGUAUCGGUUCGAUUACAUGUCCACCGAAGAAUCGAGCAAGGUGAGGGGUAGCGUCCAUCUCAAGUACCCGUCAGCGCGUCUGGACCUGAUGCUCCUGGGAGAGCACGCCAACAUCUACCGUGGUUUGGUGAACAAGAUCACGCUGCGCUAUGCGCCAGGUCGUGAGCUGCACUCCCGUCUGAACCUGACCGGACUCCCGGUGGGCCGCACCGACAAACUCGAGGGCUACUGGGAGCUGGAGGUGCCGGGCUACCCGUAUUCGAUCCAACUCGCUGGCGACAUCCGCAGGGAUCUCGAGGCCGCUACACCCAGCCAAUAUAAGUACCGUAUGGAGGGCCGGUGGCUCUCUGGCGGCUCGGCGCUGGCCACCGGUAUCUACCGUCUUCAGCUGAACGAGCAGGCCAUGAGCGUCGACCACCGGCUGGAGCUAGAUCUGGCCGUGGAGGGCAGGUCCCUGCUCAACGGCUCGGUAGAACUCGGGAUCUCCCCGACGGUGGUCGCUGUCGGAACGCAGGUGACCUACUCGGGCUCCGACUACGGCGUGGAGGCGCGCUACUGGCUGGCUCCAGUCGAGUCGGACAUACAGCGGUCGGUGCGACUGGGUCUCACCUACCCCGGCUCGGCCUACAGUGUCACCGGCACUCUCAGACUCGGGGAGGUGUUCCGAACCACCCUGGAGCUCUCACUGCCCGCGCUCUCGCGACACCAGCGUCAGCGCGACGUCCAGCUGAUCGUUGGCGGUUCCCACACGGACUCCCUACUCGCCUGGGUGGUGGAUCUCAAAUGGGACGCCAACUGGGACCCGACGCAGCGGCUCAUGAUGGAUUUCCGUGCGGAGGAGCCGUCGGAUGGCACGAGGAACGUCACAGUUCGGAUGGUGUAUCCGGUGAAUACGAUACAGCUGACCAUGGACCGAACGAUGACUGGCGGCUGGACCCGCCUGCAGUACCACAACCACGUCCUGCUGGCGUUCGGCGAGCUCGAGCCAGUCGAGAUGACCGUCUCUGCCAGUACCGCUCUGGACGUACCCACCAAGAGGGUUUCGGUGGACGCCACACUCACCUCGCCCUUCCCCCACUGGGCCAGGAACUCACUCAAACUCAGUCACGCGCGCUCGGCCAGCAGUCUGCAGUCUCGACUGGAGGUACUGGCCGGUGGAGAACGGUUCAUCGGCUCCCUGGACGGGCAGCGCCGAGGACCGGGCAGUGUAACACUCGCCGCUACUGUUACCUCUACCAUGGAGCGGCUGAGGAGGGUGGAGGCCCGUCUGGACCAUCAGCGGCACGCCCAGGGCAUCACGUCGUCCUUGGUGCUGGAGACUCCUGAGAACCGUAUAUCGGGCGAUCUGGCCCUGCGUGACCUGAGUGGCGGUGGCGAGAUGCGCUACCGAGCGGAACUCAACGUCACCACGCCCUUCCAGGGAAUGCAUGACGCCACCUACAUGCUCGACGCCAGACGGUCGGCUGAAAGCUUUAUUCUGACGGGAGAGAGCAGAGUGGAAAACAUCGGGCACAACCUGGUAUUCAAGGGUGAGGAGUCUGACCGGAUAGAGGGCUCGCUGAUACUGGAUCAGAUCCACCCUCAGCUGAACCUGUUCACCGCCGAAAUGCUGCUCGAUCCCUCCGAGGCGGGACGGGCGUUCAAGACCUCACUGAAAUGGCCGGAUAACCGUGCUGAGCUGGAAGGGAACAUGCACUUCCGGGCGUGGAACGACUUCGGGGCUGGCCUGCAGUUCAUCUCUCCUCUGGAGGCCAUCAGAGACGUCGGCCUGAUGGUGAAAACUAAGCAGACCGGACCGUACGCCUUUCAGUCUGAGGCCCGCGUGGCGUGGCUGGGAGAGAACCCACUCGGUCUGAUGGUCGAUUUCGACCUGGAGCCGCCCGGCCUGGACCCCUCCAAGGUCGGGCUGACCCUGAAGUCGGAGCUGCGGCUGCCGCUGCGGUUCGGGAGCCGCAUCGCGCUCGGUCUGAAGGGAGUCGUCGACCGGACCACCCGAACCCUGUCUGCCGGCAUCGACGGCGCGCUCGAUCAGUACAAGGUGGCUCUGACGGCUGACGGGUCGCUCGGCUCAGCGGCACUGGACAAACGCUACGGCACCAUAUCUGUAACACUGCCCGCCGGGCCGGUCCGUCAACUGACCGUGGCCGCCAGUGUGCUUCCUUCGGCCGACAGGAAGUAUGAGCUGUUCUUCUCACCCGUCUGGAAAAUGGAGGAUGGAUCCAUGCAGCAGAUUCGCGUGACGAGCGUCAUCGACAUCAGCCAAAUGGCGGUGACGGGAUCGGUUCACGCCAACCUGCGCGUGCUGACUCCGUGGACGGAGAUGCUGUUCCUGGACAUGCAGCACUCCCGGACGCCGCAGGGAGAGAUUGACACACGCCUGGUUGGCUCCAUGGGCAGACACAACGCCGAGGUCAAGCUGAAGAUAGUUGUGGUCAUGAGGGGCCCGGAGCAGGGCGUGAAGGCGUUUUUGAGCUCGACCUCCAACAUCCCGGCCUUCCCCGUGGUGGAGGCCUCUGCCGUGUACACGUUCAACCCUAACCAGCUGACCGUAACUCUCCUAACGCCGUAUGAAUACCGGGUGCGACUGGCGGCCGACUGGAAAUCUGCUGACCGAAAGUCGGCAGCGUUCGAGCUGCUUACUCCUCUGGAUGGACUGGAUAGGGUGGCGGCCAAUCUGGAGCUGGUCCGCAAUGACGGCGCUAUGGACCUGGCCGGCACGCUGACACUGCCCGGCUACCAGCGUCCGGUGGCUGUCAGUGGCACCUACCGACCGCUCGACCUGAGGCUCACCUUCUCGACGCCUUUCGAGGGAGUCACGUCGGGCUCGGUGCGUCUGUCGGCCGCUGUGGGAGGUCGCGGUCCCUCAGACGUGGUCCUGCGGGUGGCCUGGGAGCGCUACAAGGUGGAGCUGACCGGUACUGCCACCGUCGGACGGGGUGGCGUGCCCCAGCAGGUGACGGGUACUCUGAUAGUGAACCUGCCCGUCGGGCCGCGAGUGAACGGCCGAUUCCAGCUGGCCGCCCGACCGGGAGAGCAACUCGUCUAUGAUCUGUCGGUGACUUCCAGCGUCGAUGAGGCCAACUACCAGCUCAAGGGCGAGAUAUUCACCGGUCCCAGCCAGUUCGGAGUGGUCGUCAAGACCAGUUCAAACGGUGGUGCAGCCCAGGUAUCUGCCGAGGCCUUGCUGAUUCUGAGUGAGGCCGUGGCCAAGGUGCGGAUGAGUCUGGACACGCCACACGAGGCGCUCCGAAACGUGUCGCUAACCGCCGAGUACAGAAACUCGCCAACCGAGGGUUACAAGCUGAGCUACAAGCUGCGUCACCCGAGAAUCCAGGUGGAGGCUUCCACUCGCGUAUCGGUCCACCUCUGGCCGGUCUUCUACAUCGGCGUCAACGGGAAGGUGGCCAUGGGACGCAUGGUCCUAGAGAGAUCCGCACGCGUGUUCCACGAGCCGGGCCGCGGCGGGAAGACGGAGCUGGGGGUGGCCUGGGACGUGUCCGCGGACCGGAACCGGCUGGCCGGCUGGGGACGCUACGCCGUGCUGGCCGACUACGCGCUGAGCGGCGCCGGCUUCGACGGCCAGCUGCUGGCGGGCAGGGACGCCGACCGCGACCGCACCGCCCCCACCGACCUCCGACUGGGUGCCGAUGUCGACUGGCAGCGCAGUGCCGCUAUGGGACGGGCCGUGCUGACGGCGCACAUCAGAGACGCGCUGUACACACUGGAUACCGAUUACUCUGGAGCGGACGCCCACACCGGUUCGGUGCGGUUCGUGCGACGGAUGCGCGGCUCAGAGCUCGAGGUGACGGCUCGCGGCCACCUCACCAAGGACUCCGUCACCGACAGAUACAUGGCCUCCCUCAACCUCACCAUGCCCGUAGACGGCUACAAGGCCGUCAACACCGUCUGGCAGGUCAAGCACAUGCCCAAGACCUUAGAGUUCGAAUCGACGAUUGAGAUCGACCCCAAGUCCAGUUUCUACCAGCACACGAAGCAUCACCUUGAACUCAACUACGACGGGCAACAGCAGGUGGAUUACAAUGGUAAUGCCAAGGGAGACUUCAGCUACGUGCAUCAUGACCUUGAUGAUGAUCUGGAUGUAACGAAGGUCAACGGAAAAGUCAACUUCAUUAACAAUGAAGGCCAAAUGGGAGCGAGCGCGGAGGGUGAGCUGAACGAUGGACGGUACGCUCUGGAGCUGAUGAAAACCCAGUCUCAGGAGCUCGGCAACACCGGCAAACUGAACAUCACAUCGACAUUCGAGUCCCUGCAGGAGUUCGUCGCCAACUACAAAGUAACGCGAGACCGGGCCAACCAGAACGCUCUUACGAGCACAUUCGGCGCCGUGUAUAACGGAAACCAGCUGGUGGACGGUACCUAUCAAUUCAUGAGCGACGGCCUCACUCAGCGGCACACCCUGAACCUGGAGAACCCGCUGCAUCCCUUCGACGCGGAUGUCACCUUCAUGGGCACAGUCGAUCAGCGUCGUGCCGAGUUUACCAUCAACAGUCACCGCGACAACCGUACCGUAUCCGGCUGGGCUCAGCGGAUCUUUAACGCGACCGGCUACUCCCUGGAGGCGAAGCUCACCCUACCUGAGCGCCAGCUGGGACUGAAGUACAGCGGCGACAAUCAGGGAGACUCCUACACCCGCGCCGCCCGCCUUUCCCUGUCGUCAGAGGCGUUUGUUGGGUAUCAUUACAGCGUCAGCGAUGAAAUGGAAAUGCACCUGGAGGAGGGCUCCGUGGUGCGCCUGCAGCUCGAUUUCCCUGCCCGCUCUCUGGCCGGAACCAUGGAACUGGCUCGGACUCCGACACGGAGGAAUGACGCCCACUCCAGCGGCCGGGCCAAGCUGAAGUUCCAGUGGGAUGCCGAGAGACAGCCAGAGCGGCAGGUGGCAGCGACGUUCAACGUGGCUGACCUCAGCACCGCCGACAACAGGCACUACAAUUUCAGCGUCAACCUCGAUCUCGUCGGAAAGCCGGUGACGCUGGACACCAGCGUUCAGACGAGCAGCGGGACCCCUCUGCAGCUGGACGCCGCGUUCCGCUACUCUACCGACCCCGACUCCCACCUGACCAUGUCGUACAGCGUCGUAGACCAGAGCCGCGGCAGCAAGCUGGUGCUCAAGUCGACACUCUUCGUCAGCCACCCCAUCUCCAGGCUGUCUGUGACCGGUAAGGGGCUGCUGGAGGUGGCCCGGGGAACGCUGAAGGUAUCAGGAGCCUACACCUACCUGGACAUCGAAGACAGGAGACUCGAGUCCAAGGUGCUCCUCGAACUCGACAGAAAACUCGGCGAAUUCAAGGCGGAGGUCACUCUACCAUCCAUGAUCUACGAACUGAAGUCGACCGUCGGUCUGAAGGAGUACCGUAUAAACGGCGCUGCCAUCCCCACGGAGCUGGGCAGUCCGCAGACGCUGCUGGCUACCAUGGACAGGGAGCGGCCCCUGGUCAGACUGGAGAUUCUAUACGAUCCCGAGCAGGCAAAGCGUCUGUACGUCACGGGCGGCAUGGUGAACAACAGGACAGUGCGUCUGGAGGCGUACCGACAGGCGGGCCAGUACCGGGUCGACGACAUGGUGUUCUUCCUGCGUCUGAACCACUCACACCUGCUGACCUCGCAGGCCCGCUGGCGCACAGAGCUUGGUUAUGAGCUGGCCGAGUGGGCCCGGUCCACGGUACUCCUGUCCCGCGACGCGCUCCUGGACGCCUGUGCCAGCGAGUGGGAGGUGAAGGCGGGAGCCAUGGAGUCCAGUCUGGAAGACAUGCUUGGACAGGAGAUUGACCUGCUCGUUGAGGAGUUUACAUCGGAGUCUAGCGGAACGGUGCGCGGCGACUUUGAAGAUAUUCGAUACGCUAUCUCAGAGAGCUACGAAAAUAACGCGUUCUACAUGAACACGAUAAUAUCCUAUGUAUACGGCGACGAAGACUCCGUGGUGAGUUUCGUUCUGAACAAGCUCGGCACGUGGACUGAGGAACUCCGAGAGGACCUCGGUGUCAUCAACGAGGCAGUCUACGUUCGGCUGAACGAAAUCAUCGAAUACCUGCGGCGUCUGGUGUCCUCGUCUGGAUCGGGUGAACGCAGCAUGACUGACACUCUGCGGGAGGUGCUGGCAGAAAUGGCGGAGGCCUACAAUCAGUGGGCCAAGGCGGUGUACGCACGCACCAGCCUCCGUUUGCGUCAGGUGUACACCACGGUGACGGGCUACAUCCGCCACCGAAUGAUGCAGCUGGGUCAGCAGUACAAGCCGCAGCUGCUGCUGCUCUACCACCACUUUGAGGAGAACGUGGUGGCCGUGGUGCGCGACACAGUCAACUGGUUCUACGGCGAGUUUACCGAAUCAGAGCUCUACGCUGCCAUCGUUUCACUGGAGGGAGUUAUUGACGAAAUUUACCGCGACCUCUCCGACCGAGACACGGUCACAAACAUCUUCGACUACACCAAGAAAUUUGCCCGCUGGCUGUAUACCAAGUUCGGACUCGAGGAUGUGCUAGGGGAGCCGGGUCUCUGGCUGAAGGACAUGUGGGACAAUCCUCCGCCGGCGCUGGUCAGGGUCAAACAGUUCAUCAUGGUCGCCUACGUCAAGGUGUCGCCGAUAUUAGAAGACAUCUCUGAUGUCAUGCAGAAUCUAUUCUCCAAGAUUUACAGAGACGGCGAUAAGUUUUGGACUCAGACGGCUAUCCAAGGCGCUCAGAGGUACUUUGAAGGCAAAUCCAUUAUGGAGAUGAAUCCCGACCGCGGCUACAUUUCUUUUAUUCAGAUCCUGCCGAUGCCUUGGUACGGGCUAAACCAGUCGCCAGUCUGGGAGGAGCUGCCGGAGCUGCAGCAGCUGCGCUACCUGCAGUCGUUCACUGAGGACAGCUCGGCAGAGAGCGGCGGCGUCUACGACUUCAUCUACGACUACUGGCCCGGCAGCAACCCCACCGAGUGGAUGCCGCCUUUCGCAGGCCACGCCGUCCUCUCGGGUUCCUCGACGAUUGUGACGUUCGACGGUCGUCUGUACACGUUCCGCAGCGACUGUACCUACCUACUGGCCGCCGACCUGCUCCACGGCAGGUUUUCGGUUGAGGCCACGUUCAGGAGACGUGGCAGGGCCUCCAAGACACUGUCUGUUACUGCUGGGGCUCAUACCAUCGAGCUGGGAGGCUCCGACGGAUACAAGAUUACGGCCGACGGCCGGCCGGCGGACGCUCCGCUGGAGCUGGGCGAUCUGAGGGCGGUUCGCUCCGGUGACUUGAUCACUGUCAGCCUGCCCGGCUGGCUGGAGCUGAAGUGUAACCAGCGAUCGGAUGUCUGCGCACUGGAGAUCAGCCGCUGGAUGUUCGGCCGAACCGGAGGUCUGUUCGGCACACUGGACAAUGAACAGUUUACGGACCUGCAGACGCCCGAUCACCACAGUGCCAACGGACCGCUGUUCGCUGCCGGGUGGGCACUACAGCACUGUCGGCGACCAGCUGAUAUCACUGAGCCCGGAAAGCAGGAGGCGGACACCGACGGCGUGAGAGCGGUAGCGAAGCGCACGGACGGGUUCUGCCGCGGCCUGCUGGAGUCGCCGAGCUCAGAGUACCGGGUCUGCCACCGGCUGGUGGACCCGCGUCCGUUCCUGGCCGCCUGCGAGGCGCAGCAGGACGAGCAGCGCUGCGUGGCCGUGCGAGCCUACGUGGAGGCGUGCCAGCAGCUCGGAUGGCCCCUGAAGAUGCCCAACAAAUGCGUACAGUGUAGCAUCGCCGGCCAGUCUGUGUUUGAGGGCAAAACGGUUAAAGUUCGUAUGGAGAAGCCGGCCACGGAGGUUGUGUUCAUCGUGGAGGCCAAGCAGUGUAAUGCCAACGCCACCCAUGAGCGUAGCCUCAACUACAUGGCCCGUUCGCUCAACAUGAACCUGCGCAGAGAGGGAUUCGCCACCACAAGGUUCGCUGUGAUUGCUUUCGGCGGCUCCGGCGUUCUGAAUGAGCCGCGUGUUAUGACCGUCGACGGACACAUUUUCAACUCGGCAAAGAAGGUGCCGGAGGCAUUUGAUCAGAUCAAGCCCGGCUCCGGCGGCCGGGACGUAUUCGGCGCCCUCCGGCGCGCCGCCAUGCUACCGUUCACCCCGGGUGUGUCACGCACGUUCAUCCUGCUGCCCUGCUCGCCGUGCGAGGCCACCGAAAUGAGCAUCGACUACACGACGCUGGCCAACGCGUUCGCUGAGCAGCAGGUCACCCUGCACGUUGUAAUGGAUGGGGACAUCAAGGUGUCCAAGCAGCAGAACCGGCUCGUUGGUAUUGACAAAAGCAAGGCGUAUACCAUGAAGGAUGCUAAGCGGCUGCGUGGUGACUCCGCCCUUCUGAAGCAUGUGAAGAGGCCCAAAUCGGAGCUGCGUUUGUGCGAGCCGCUGGCUAUCGAGCAGACCAACGGUGCCAUCUUCUCAUCGUCCAAGCUCAAGCCGCAGCCGAGGAAGGCUAAGCUGAAGCGCUUCCUGACUGUGUUCGGCCGCCGCGUAGCGCAGACGGCCCGACCGGAGGGCUGUCAGAGCUGCGAGUGCGCCACAGAUGUGGAGGGCACAGUGCGACCCGUCUGCAUGUCCUGCCGGUCGGACCUGCUACUGCCGCUUGACCCGGAUGACGAUAUCUUCAUUGAGGAGUGAGGACGCCAAUUCAGCACCGGUGGCUCCUUACUCAGCAACUAGAGACGAUGCCGAGUCGUCUCCAGUUACUGACGGUCCAGCAGCAACCCGAGAUCGGCGAUACCAGCAGCACCGGCCGGUUGCUGGUGCUGGUAAAAUGUACUCAGCGGUGCUGCCCCGGACUGGUGCGCGGUUUGGUUCUGUGCUGCCCAGUGCUGAGCGCUGUUGUAGGCAAAAGGCAGGACUCAGAACUUCUCAUGGCAUGUGACAAGUGACUGUAAAGCUGCCUUUUUGGUCCAAGCGCAGUAGCCAAAGUAAAAGGGGGGUGAUGAUUUCUAACCUUCGCCGGCCUCGGCUCGGGUACUCGCGAAACUCGGGGUUUGGUACGUAGUGGUGAUCAUAAGUGCCUUCUUUGUCUUCCGUUUCGGCAGCGCCCUGUACUCGAUUUAUGACGCGGUAUUUGGUAUGUUUCUAUUGAAAAUGUCACUUAUUCUGUCGUUCUUGAUGAAGUGUAGCGUAAGAGAACAUCAGGAAUGCAUUUAUUGUCGUAGUUAGUAAUUUUGCGACGAGCAUUGCAUUUUCUUACUGGAAGAUGCCGGUUUAAGAUCUGUCUUAGCUAAUUGUAACCUAAUCAUUGCUUUGCGUCAUGUGCCAUUUACAAUAGUAUAUGCGAGUGAACGACAUUUUUUAUCGGUGGCACGAUGUGUUGAAUGUUGAUGCAUUCCACGUUCUACCGGAGCGCAAUACAAAUAACGGGAAUUUCCA